UGUAUACUAGCUAUAUUAACAGGGAUCAGGAAGACGUCCCACUGUGCAUGUCUUCACGGGACCGAACAACCAAUUAAAAAAUUAGGAAAGAAGGACAACUAUUUUCCAUCUAUUUUUGCACAUUUCAUUUUGGGGGAAGCUUUUAGGCGCGGCUUCACUCAUAUAGGAAGAGAUAAGAGGACUGCCCAUUAACUAUAUCAAGAAAUAACUUCACAUUUACCAAGCUGAUCGCAAAAACUAACUUGGACCCCGGACGUUUUUAGGGAAUUUAAAACAACUGUUGCUUAUCGACAGCGGCAAAUCUAAACGGGUUUUCUGUUGGACUCCGGCUUGAGUUUACCAUCUAUUUUUCAAUGUACAUUCUCUGUUCUCUUGUAUGCGGCUUUUGCUCAGAUAAACCCAAGGUAUACCAGGGUGUGCGUGUGAAGACCACUGUUAAGGAGUUACUGCAGAAGCACAGAGCCCUGCAGGCACAGACAACCGCAACGAAAUCACAAGCCAUGGCUGCUCACGAUGUCUGCUCUACGACCAUGAAUACCCACCUUGAUGUCUUUGGAAUGCAAGCUCCAGAGCCCUAUUUCCAGACACGUCCCUUUACCGAAAAUGUCAAUAUCCCGAUGGAGAAUGCUUAUGAUCAUCAACAGAUGAUGCACUUGAUGCCACCUGAGACUUUCAGCGGCAGUAAUUUCGUGUAUCCCACUUCUUCGCAGUGGUCUAAUGGAUAUAUACCUUCUAAUACGGACCUCUAUGGUACUAGCCUGGUAUCGAGAUCACCCUCAGACUCAUUCAAUCUCCCAAGUCCAGUCGACUACAACAGUUACUCUCCCCCUCAGUCCAAAUCUUCAUCUUCUUCGUGCUACAGCUCUCCAGCGCGGAUGGAUUUGAGCUCCAGUUUCUCUCCAGAAAAUUACCACUAUCAGCAUUGCAACCUACAGCAUUGCUUUUGUCUGUCGCAUUGGUCCAAUGUGCAGGAAGGCAUGGCAACCUCGGAGUUUGCGCCCUACGGCUCAUCAGACUGUUUGUAUUCAUAUGGCGACGACAGUAAUUUCAGAAGGGAUACUUCAAACUCAGAGAUGUGUUACUUAAAAAAUGCAUUUUGAAGCACUUUGCGCGAAUAUUCAGUGUCAUAAUUGAUUCAUUUGAAUGCAUGUGUUGUAUUUUAGUUUAGAUAAAAGAACAAGCAGUGAUAGAAUGAAUGAUUUACAAAUAAUUCAUUUAUCUUUUCUACAAUAAACAUAUUUUUUUCGUAA